AUGCCGGCCGCGAUGGGCAUCAACGGCUUCGGCCGCAUCGGUCGCCUGGUCUGCCGCGCAGCGCUCGGCAACCCUGAGGUGCAGCUGAAGGCCAUCAACGAUCCCUUCAUGGACCUCGAGUACAUGGUCUACAUGCUCAAGUACGACUCCGUGCACAAACGCUACCCGGGCAUCAUCGCCACGAAGGUGGCCGACGGCAAGGAGUUCCUGGUCGUGGACGGCAAGGACAUUGCGGUGUUCCACGAGAAGGACCCGGCGUCCAUCCCGUGGGGCCGCCGCGGGCGCCAGCUACAUCUGCGGAGUCUCCACCGGCGUGUUCUCUGCCCAGGAGAAGGCCUGAGCUCACCCUAUGCACAUCAAGGUGUGGUGCCAAGAAGGCUCAUCAUCUCGCUCAUCCCAAGGACGCUGCUCCGCAUCUACGUCGUGUUCGAAGUGAACCACAACGAGUACAAGGCCUCGGACACUCGUGGUUUAUUCGUGGUGUCGAACGCGUCCUGCACCACGAACUGCUGGCCCCGCUGGACCAAGCUCACGGUGGUCGGCCCGUCCGCGAGCGGCAAGGACUUCAGACCCGCCCCGGACUGGCGCGGGGGCCGCUGCGCCUCGCAGAACAUCAUCCCGUCCUCCACAGGCGCCGCCAAGGCGGUGGGCAAGUGCCUCCCGGCGGUGAACGGCAAGCUUACAGGAAUGGCUUUCCGCGUGCCCACGCCAGACGUGUCCGUGGUGGAUCUGACGUGCCGCCUGGAGAAGGGCGCGAAGUACGACGAGAUCGUGGCAGCCGUGAAGGAGGCCGCCGCGGGCCCGAUGAAGGGCGUCCUGGACUGGACCGACGAGGAGGUGUAA